AUGUGCGACACAGGCGAAGAGCCGAACGGAGUCGCGGUGGCAGAUGAAGAAGCCAAGGGCGACCAAUCUGAUGCCUAUAUUCGCAGGACCAAGAUAGAAAACGACAAUGCACAUCUCGAACCCAGCCGCUGGUGGUUUCUCGCCUCGGUAUUUCCCAUGGUUGCAGGAACUAUUGCUCCUGUAGCUUCGGCAUUCAGUAUCUGCGCCCUGGUUUCGCCGUGGAGGCAGCAUCUUAGUCCGGGACAGCAGCCUGACCAAGCAAAAUAUAUUCCAGAUCCACCAUGGCUAACCGCAGUGAAUGCCGUCCAAUUGGUGAUUGCCGUCAUUGCCAACUUUUUCCUGCUCUUCAACAUGGCAAGGCGGAUUCGCUUCAGUAUAGCACAGCCCAUUGCUAUAGUGGGAUGGUAUAUCUCGGCAAUUUGCUUGAUAUGUUUGACGUCUACUGGCGCUGGACCUCUCGAUGACGGGCUUGGCUUCCCUGCCGAUGAGAUGAUUUGGUCUCAAUCGUUUUACUACGCCAUAUGGUCAGCCAUACUAUACUCCAUUGUCGCAGUCCUCAUGUCAAUUACUUUCUGGGGGGCCUGUGCAGGGCACUAUCCAAAGGAUUUUAUACUGUCCCUCAGUCAGCGCACUUUGAUGCUACAAACCAUCCUCGUCCUGAUAUAUCUCCAUGUUGGAGCGACCGUCUUCGCUGCCAUCGAGGAUUGGGGAUAUCUGGAAGCGGUAUACUGGGCUGAUGUCACACUCUUCACCAUCGGCUUUGGCGACUUAGCUCCGCAGACGAAUCUCGGACAAGCACUCGUAAUCCCGUAUGCUAUCGUCGGGAUUAUCAGUCUGGGUCUGGUCAUUGAGGCUGUUCGCAGCCUCACUCUCGACGGCGGAAAGCGCCGAGUCCUGGCUCGGAUAGAAGAAAAGAAAAGACGGAGACUAGUACGGAAAAUUGUACGGCGAGGGGGUGACGAAAUUCUGGAGCCUAUCCAAGAAGAACCCGACUUUGCUCGUGAGCCAACAGAUAAGUCCAUUUCCAGCGAGUUUGAACGACGCAAAGUAGAAUUCACUCUUAUGCGUAAAAUCCAAGCCAAGGCGGCUACACGCAGAAAAUGGAUGGCCCUGGGCAUUUCUUCCUUGGUCUGGCUCAUAUUCUGGAUGGUUGGAGCCGUCGUUUUUAUGCAAGCUGAGAAGCCCUACCAGAACUGGACAUAUUUCAACGCCUUUUACUUCUCUUUCAUCGCGUACACAACAAUUGGAUAUGGUGACUUUGCGCCCGUAUCCAACGCUGGGAGAGCCUUCUUCGUCUUUUGGUCUCUCAUGGCUUUACCGACAAUAACGGUGCUUAUUUCGCACGCCGGUAGUACUGUUAUCAAAAUCGUUCGAGAUAGUACUAUCCGAUUAGGAAAUGUCACUAUUUUGCCUGGUGAAGAUGCGUAUCUCUCAAGCUUAAAGCAUAUGAUUAGUAGAAUGACACUGGGAAGGGUGUUUAAGACUCACUAUGAAUCCCCUGAUCCAAUGGUCCUUGAGGCGCCAAAAAAUAACAUCAAAAGAAUAGCCGAGUUUAUGGAACAGCUAGAGGAGGACGAUCUUUCUGACAUUGAGAGGGAACGUGAUAACAGGGAAUAUGAUGAGGAAGAUGACGGGGAAGAUGCUGGGGAAGAUACUGAGGAAGAUGCAAGGGGAAGAGGUCGUCUCCAGCGCGCUGACUCGACAGUGUCAACCUUUACAACUAGAGUACGGCGAUCACUUUCGCGGAUUCGGAAUCAUGAACGCAGGCUACCCUCCGGGCCGGAUUUAUACUUUCUUCUGAUUUCAGAGAUUCAAGCUGUGGCCAGGCAUCGAAAGGAAAACAAGGAGUAUAACUACACGUUUGAUGAAUGGGCAUGGUACCUCAAACUCAUUGGCGAAGACGAACACGACCCGAGUACUCAUGGAAAGGCAAAGAUCAAAGGGAAAAAGCCAGCUGCAGACGCCGGAAGAGAUGAAAUUGUGAAAUGGUCGUGGGUUGGGCAUCGCAGCCCUUUGAUGGGAAGCCAGAGUGAAAGCGACUGGAUAUUGGAAAAGCUGGUGGACAGGCUGCAAGAGUCGCUAUCAGCUGAGAGUCAGAGGCUGAAAGCUGAGAAUAAGAAGCAGCGGCGGAAACGGCGAGAUACGUUUUGCGAUUACACAAUGUAA